AUGCCUCUGCUGCGUCAGUAUGACUUGACCGGAAAGGUUGCGGUCUUGUCCUCAACCGGCGGAGACGAAGCUCCUUUCCUGGGGCAGGCCCUUGCUGAAGCCGGGGCCACCGUUUUUGCCGUUGCCCGCCGCCAGAAUUCGCUGGAAGCCAUACUCAAUGCCUUGUCUGAUAGCAAUGAAAGAAGUUCUGCAACACACAGUGGCCAGGUUUCUUUACUGGACUCAGCAGAAUCCGUUACCCAGGUAUUAGCCGCCGUCGACCGACUGCAUGGCCGCGUAGAUAUCCUGGUGAACGACAAUCGAAGUAUGUUCGCCAAGCCGGUGUUGGAGAUAGAUUCUGACGAAUGGGACGAGCUUCAGUCUCGAAAUAUCCGGGCGGCAUUCUUGCUCAGUCGGGGUGUCGGCGCCAGAAUGAUUGACCAGGGAUACGGCCGUGUCGUUAACAUAAUAUCGGGACUGGCCGAAAGGGGAAUGAUCAAUGGUUCGGCUUUCAGCGUUAGCCAGGCUGGUCUAUUGGCCCUGACCCGUUCCCUCGCCGUGGAAUGGGGCCCACACAACAUCAGGGUGAACGCAAUCGGUACCGGGUGGACGGUUGCAGAAGAUAUUCCGGUUGAAGUUCAGCAACAGGAACAACUGGUACGCUAUAUACCGGUGCGGCAUAAGGGGCACCCCAGGGACAUUGGCCCCCUUCUGGUUUAUUUGUGCUCCGAGGCCUGCGACUACACCACCGGGCAACCCGUGUACGUUGAUGGCGGCCUUAACGCCCACCCCUAG